AUGGCUUCAGAUGCGUCAAGUUUUUCCCAGCCAAACAUCCCUAAGUUUGAUGGGGACUAUGAGUACUGGAGUCUCUUAAUGGAGAAUUUGCUACGCUCCAAAGAGUACUGGAGUGUUGUUGAAACUGAGGUUCCAACGAACAAUGCUGAAUUGAAGCUGAAAGAUCUCAAGGCCAAGAAUUAUCUAUUCGCUGCGAUAGAUAAGAACGUACUGAAGACGUUCACCAAGAGGGAGACAAGCAAGCAGAUCUGGGAUUCCAUGAAAGAAAGAUACCUGGGAAAUGAGAAGGUAAAGAGAGCUCAGUUGAACAGACUUAGGAGAUCAUUCGAAGUUCUGACGAUGAAGAACGGAGAGUCCGUCGGAGAUUACUUUACAAGGGUAAUGAUUAUCGUCAAUGAAAUGCGAAGCUGUGGAAAAUCUUUGAAUGAUAUCAAGAUUGUUGAAAAGAUACUUCGUACUCUUACAGAAAAAUGGAACUAUGUUGUUUGUUCCAUUGAGGAGUCCAAAAACAUUGAUGAAUUGUCUGUUGAUGCACUACAAAGCUCUCUUCUAGUGCAUGAAUAG